CUGGGCAACCGCCGAGCGGGCGGAGCAGGAGCAGGAGCUCGCCCGGGUCACAGCAGAGCUCUCCGGAGCACGGAGCGAGUCACACCUGCGCUUUCCGAGCAGGGCAGCCCGCUGGGCUCAGGAAAGCUCCGCCUUUCCCCAGGCUGCAGGACGCGCUGUCAUGUUUUCCACGGCUGCUGCGGGCGAGUGACAGUCUCCUCCCCGCCCCGGGCCCGGCCGAGCCCGCAGCGGGGAAGCAGGAAGAGCUCUUGUCAGCAGCCUUGGCUCCUCCUCCUCCUCCCCCAGAGCGUCUCGGCCCACGGGCGCAGCGGCCGCCUCAGCUUCCGGGGAGCCCCGCGUCCCUCAGAUCUUAGCAAUGAGUUACCCAGGCUAUCCUCCAGCAGGCGGGUACCCCCCAGCAGCUCCAGGUAGUAAUCCUUGGGGUGGUUCUGGCUAUCCUCCUAUAAAUCCACCUCCAAUUGGACUGGAAAAUGUCGCCAACUAUGCCAAUCAAUUUAAUCCAGACUAUAUGUCAGGGAUGGCUUCUAAUUUGUCAGGAACCUUUGGAGGUGCCAAUGUACCACAAAGCAUAUAUCCUCCUGCACCUGGAGGCUAUCCUCCUGUCCCUCCUGGGGGCUUUGGGCAACCUCCGUCAGGACAGCAAGCCUCUUACGGAAUGUACCCCCCACCUGGAGGAAAUCCACCAGCAGGAAUGCCAGCUUAUCCAGGAUACCCAGGCAGCCACAUGCCACCACCGGGGCAGCAGCCAAUGACCUACCCAGGACAGCAACCCAUGCCACUGCCUGGGCAACAGCCAGUGCCACUGCCUGGGCAACAGCCAAUGCCAAGUUAUCCAUCAGGUCCAGCUGUGAAUCCCUCUAUGCCACCUUAUUCAGGGUCUGUGAUGCCCACAAUCACACCUGGAACAUCUGGAAACCGAGGCACAAUCACUGAUGCACCAGGAUUUGACCCCCUGCGGGAUGCAGAAGUCUUGAGAAAAGCUAUGAAAGGAUUUGGAACUGAUGAGCAGGCGAUUAUAGAUUGCCUUGGAAGUCGCUCAAACAAGCAAAGGCAGAAAAUCAUCCUGUCAUUCAAAACAGCUUAUGGAAAGGAUUUGAUCAAAGAUCUUAAAUCUGAACUGUCAGGCAACUUUGAGAAGACAAUCUUGGCAAUGCUGAAGACACCUGUCAUGUAUGAUGUUUGUGAAAUAAAGGAAGCUAUAAAGGGUGCUGGCACAGAUGAAGCCUGUCUCAUUGAAAUAAUGUCUUCUCGCAGUAAUGAGCACAUUCGAGAAAUCAGCAGGACCUACAAAACAGAAUUUAAGAAAACUCUGGAGGAAGCUAUACGGAGUGACACAUCUGGACACUUCCAGAGGCUUUUAAUCUCACUUUCCCAGGGAAACAGAGAUGAAAGUACAAAUGUAGACAUGUCGCUUGUCCAAAGGGAUGUUCAGGAGCUGUAUGCUGCUGGAGAGAACCGUCUAGGGACUGACGAGUCCAAGUUCAAUGCCAUUCUGUGUACCAGGAGCAGAGCUCAUCUCAGAGCAGUUUUCAGUGAGUACCAGCGGAUGUGUAACCGUGAUAUCGAGAAGAGCAUAUCUCGUGAGAUGUCUGGGGACCUUGAAAGUGGCAUGGUGGCAGUAGUUAAGUGCAUGAAAAAUACACCAGCUUUCUUUGCAGAAAGACUCCAUAAAGCCAUGAAGGGAGCAGGAACAAAAGAUAGGACUCUGAUUCGAAUUAUGGUGUCGCGCAGCGAGGUUGACUUGCUGGAUAUACGCACUGAAUACAAACGGAUGUAUGGCAAAUCCCUGUACGCGGACAUCACAGGUGAUACUUCAGGAGACUACCGGAAAAUCCUGCUCAAGUUGUGUGGUGGAAAUGACUAAGUGGAGCUUUCAGCUUUUUAAAAAGCAGCUGCUUUUCUGUUAUCGUGUUAAAAUAUCCAUGUUGGGUUUCGUUUCUUUUUGUUUUCCAGAAAACCAAACAGGCAGUGAAUUGUUUUCCUAAAACUACUAUGUAUGUGUAAAACUAACACUCCGUAUCUUCCCCUUUCCAUCCAAAAAUGUAUAAUAAACACAAGAAAAUCUAGCGAUUGUAGAAACUGCUCAGGAUUUUUUAAGUCACUUUCUAGUUAAUGAAUAAUGGAUUAUUAUUUCUGCUUGCAUCCUUAGCUACACUAAUUUUGUUUCCUGGUUAAAAAAAAAAAUCACUCUUGUUGAUUUAAAGGUGGUUGUGGUGUGUGUGUGGUGGGGGGUUGGGGACUUUGUUUUUUGUUUUGGAUGCUUUUUCUAUGGACAUUGUAUGAGUCUCUUUUUUCACAUGCCAAUUUUCUUGCAUUUGUACCACACCGUGGUUUUGUGUGCAUGAAUAGAACCGCCUUCAGUCUGUUUUGCAUCUAAUUAUAUUGUUUUUUUAAAGAAGUUUUACUAAAUAACUUUUUUUCAGGAAGACCUGCUCUGCUUUUUAUGCAUCACUGCAAGUAUCACAAUAAUGUAGUAUCAAUACCAAUUCAGCCUCUCCAGUUAAGGUUUUUGGAUUGUGCCUUAAAAGCAAUGCAUAUAUCUAAAAGAGGAUUGUAAAAUUAAAGCCAUAUCUUUUAAACUA